CACAGUCCGUGCUGGAAGACGCAUACAUAGAGACGAUGCUCGUUGGGAUGCUGCACGUCAUUGGCAUUGUUCUUUGUCUCUUAUACGUCUGUCCAGUCAAUGGUCAGAGAAGUAGGCUGUGGGAAGUGUGCGCGUGCAAGUGGUCACCGUGGGGGAGCUGGUCAAUGUGCACGAGGAAGUGUUGGGGGGUGCAAUUGCGGCAGAGGCAGGUUUGGAAGAAGAAUACUCCCCAAUGCAAACCAUCUGCAUCCUGCGACGGUGGCGUUGGGGCAAGGCAACUGCAAUAUUGCAAUAAACAAUGCACGGGGGGAGAGUACGUCAAGGAAAAAGGAAAAAAGGGACGGUGUAAAUGUCCACCUGGUCUCUAUGGGGACUGUUGUGAUCAAGUCGUCUCGUGCGGCAUGGCACCUGCAAUCUUAAACGCAAAUCUGUCUGAAGCGACCUAUAACUACAGUGACGUCAUCCGCUAUGACUGUAACCAUGGUUACCGUUUGAACGGGACGUCGGAGGUGAUGUGCGAUGUAUCCGGCAACUGGAACGGAACACUACCCGAGUGCAUAGCUGAGGAUCCUUGCAAGGGCGUGACCUGCCCCCUGGGUGAGAGCUGCCGCCCAGAGGGAACGUCCUACACCUGCAACUGUCCGAAAAACGCACGGUGCAAUUUAGAUCUUGCACCGGAAGUUGAAAGUUGUCCCCCAAGCAAGAACAUCACAACUCCAGAUCGAACCGUACUGUACAAGUGGGACCUUCCCAAGUUCAAGGACGCGGCGGGAGAACAACUUCAGAUUGAGGCUAACUAUCCAAGCAACGAGUUCCGGUUCCCCUGGGGAAAUCGGACCAUACAGUACACAGCCAUCAAGAAGAGCAACGGACAGAGGGCUAUUUGUGAAUUCUCUAUUGACGUCAGACCCAUACCUUGUCCAGAGUUGUCUGCCCCUAACCGAGGGGUUGUUGUGUGCACCAACUGGCGCUCUGCCUACGGCAAGUUCUGUCUGGUGAGCUGCACCGAGGACUAUGAGCUGCCAGAGGACUACGACGCUCGUCAGUGGCUGGUCUGUGGUAGUAGCGGCGACUGGAUGCCUUCAAACAUCCCCGAGGAAUGCAGCGUUAUGUUUGGCGAUGGGAACAUCAUCCAAGAGGGUGCCCUGCAGAAAAUCGACGGGUGCCUUCACGCCGGAGCACAGGAAGGGCUUCGAACCCGGUUCCUACGGCUGCUCAGAGAGUCAGCCUUCAAGUCCUUCUGCACUAACUAUGAAGACAUGUGCAGGCCAGAAAACGUCGAGGUGAUCUGUUGGAAUAACCAACUGUUGGGGUGAGAAGAUCUUCUCAUGCCCGAAGCCUUGCUUAUCCUUUUAGGGGCUGACCUUUUUGGGGCUGUGGGCUGGGCUAUUUCUUGAGACCCUAAAAGUAAAGUAUGCUGAAAAAAUAGUUUUUCCUCGUUGUUGUUGUUGUUUGUUUUGUUGGUUUUGUUGUUCGUUUGGUUUUGGUUUUUGUUGUUUUUGUUUUGUUUUUGUUUGUUUUUUUUGUUUUUUUUGGGGGGGGGUUCGUUUCAAUUUUCUUUUAUUCAUCUUCUAUUAGCUGUGGGGUAGGGUAGGUAGCUUGGGUCGGUGUUGUUGCGCUUGUCCUCAGCUUUAAUCCCCAAACAAUUAAAUCCCAUACAGGACAUGAUGAAUGUCCUGACAUAUUUUUUAUGUAGGUAAAAUGUGUUUAGCUUCUCCUUUUAGUGAUAAAAUAAUUGAAUAUUUUUAAGCCUGUUGAAACACAUUGACUCUCAAACAAACAUCCUAGUGCGCUUACACAUUGUCGAACUGCUGUUUUCAAUUCGAACUGUGAUAAAGAGUGGGACUAGUAUGCUUUUCCUACUUCUCGUUAUUUUUAUACGCUUGUCAAAGCGUUUUGAAUUUUCAUGUUUGGAACACAACCAAGCAACAUGUUAGAAAUGUUAGACUUUUAUUAAGGUCUUUUUAUCCAGAUAUCUUUA